CUGGGAAUUGGGGCGGUAAUUCCAGUGGCCAAACAAAUAAUGGGACAAACAAUACUCAACAAUGGAAUAACACGGCUCAACGCCCGCCCACUUCUCAAGCAGACAUGAAUAGCAACAAGGGAAUGGUAAUCAAAUGCCUCCAACCAGUGGCGCGUCUGCACAGAAUUGGCAAAGUUCCCCGCCUAACAUGCCAAAUUCACAGCCUAACAACAAUGGUGCACCAACAAGCAAUGGUACGAACAACGCUGGUAAUGGAAACAAUGGCGGUACUAAUCCACCCAACUCUACUCCAAAUUCAAAUGGGCCCACCUCGGCCAAUGGGAACAAUGGCAACAACGCCAAUAGCACUUCCUCUGCUAAGAUUGAGCAACUCAACUCAAUGAGGGAAGCUUUGUUUAGUCAAGAUGGCUGGGGAGGCCAACAUGUAAAUCAAGAUACUAAUUGGGAUGUACCUGGCUCGCCCGAGCCUGGGCCAGGAAAGGUGGAAAACCAGCCAGCUGGUGGGCCUCCAGCUUGGAAACCAAAUAUUAACAAUGGUGCAUUCCUUGGCACUGAUCUAUGGGAGGCUAACCUAAGAAAUGGUGGACAGCCGCCGCCACAGCCCGCAGCUAAAACUCCGUGGGGCCAUACGCCCACUACCAACAUUGGUGGCACAUGGGGCGAAGACGACGACGUUGCAGACUCUGCUAACGUAUGGACUGGCCCACCGCCCCCGCAGCAAUGGCCUGCAGGUCCCCCGCAACACGCACAGCAGUGGGGCGUGCCCAAGAAGGACGACUGGAAUGCAUGGGGAGAACCUCACCGACCAGUCGAUCCCCGUAUUGAUCCUCACCGGUCCAGCGAUCCUCGUCAACAAAGCGCAGACCCGCGUCACGACCUACGCGGAGGAAUAUCUGGCCGCCUUAACGGUGAUAUGUGGAGCCAACAUCAUCAACAUACUGGUGGCCCGAACAAAAUGAUGCCUGGAGGUGUUAACCAGUGGGGCGCUCAAGGGCCCAAGGAUCCAAUCAAGGGAUCUGGAUGGGAAGAACCAUCACCGCCGGCAGCAAGACGUGCACCCGGCGGCUUCGAUGAUGGUACGUCAUUGUGGGCACAGCGUGGAAUGGGCGGUAUGGCAGCUCGCGGACCGCAAGGCCCGCCCGGCCCCCAGCGUAUGCCCCCGACGCCUACCAAACCAGACGCCGUAUGGGGAGCUCAUGGUCAACGCAAUGGUUCCUGGGAAGAACCACAUACUCCCGCUUGGCCCGACCGCGAUGCCCCAGCUUGGCCCGAUGCAUCCGGACCGGCCCUGUGGCCCGUGCCUAAACCCAAACCUGCUGGACCUGGAACAGCUUGGCCGGAUGAUAUUGGCGAGUGGGGAGGACCAAAACCACCACAAGGUGGCCCACUUGGCAAGCAGCUACCUAAGGAGAUGGUGUGGAACAGUAAGCAGUUCAGGUUCCUCGUUGAGAUGGGUUUCAAGAAGGAGGAAGCAGAGGCAGCCCUGCGUAGCCGCGACAUGAACGCGGAGGAGGCGUUGGAGAUGCUGGCCAGCGCUCGCGGUGACGGGUGGCGACGCGACGAUCACUUCGGCGGCCACCACGGCGGCCCCUUCCAGCCGCCGCCCUCCGUGCCCGCGGUCUCUCCCGCCGUUGUGCAGAAGAUACUCAACCAGCCGCCUCCCCCAACGCAGCAACACCACCAGUCUUACAACCCCAACAGCGGUACGGGCAACGGCGGGCAGCCGAGCGCGGCGCAACUGCGCAUGCUCGUGCAACAGAUACAAAUGGCGGUGUCUGCUGGGUACCUCAACCAUCAGAUAUUGAACCAACCCCUGGCUCCGCAAACCCUCGUGCUCUUGAACCAACUGCUGCAACAGAUCAAGGUACUCCAACAGUUGUUGCAACAGAACUCUCUUGCGAUGACCAAAGGUCACUCCUCUCUUGCGCUGCAGUACUCUGUACAAAUCACUAAAGCCAAGCAGCAGAUUACUGCUCUACAAAACCAGAUAACAGCGCAGCAGACUCUGUAUAUGAAGCAGCAGGCUGGCAGCUCAGACUUGUUCAAGCAGGGCCAUGACCCCAUCGCUCAGUUGCAGAACAACUUCAGUGACAUGUCUAUACCUAAGGAUACUCAAGGGGGUUACGGCGGCAGCAGCGGUAACCAGCAAUCCCGCCUGAACCAAUGGAAGCUGCCUUCUCUGGACAAGGAUGGAGAAGGUUCCGAGUUCAGCCGUGCGCCCGGAACUGCUAAGUCUACCACGAGCCCACAGCUCAACCAACUUGGCCUGCAACCUGACUCCACUUGGGGAGUGGGGCGCGGCUCCGAAGGUUGGGGCGACAGCGGGGCUGACGUAGCUGAUGGCAAGGACGCCUGGCCCUCACACCCCUCGCACCAGCCUGUAUAUGAUCUGGUGCCUGAGUUCGAACCUGGCAAGCCCUGGAAGGGCAACCAAAUGAAGAACGUGGAAGACGACCCGGCCAUGACGCCCGGGUCCGUGGUGCGGUCGCCACUGUCGCUGGCGGUGAUCAAGGACGCCGACAUGCUGGGCGGCAAGACGUCCCCGCCGGGCGGCGAGCGCUCGCUGUCGUCGUCCACGUGGUCGUACGCGCCCCCGGGCGGCGCCGGCGGUGGCGCCGCGCUCAAGGCGGACGCGUGGGGCGCCAAGCCGCGGCCCGCGCCGCCCGGCCUCAACAAGGCCUGGCCGCAGCACCACAGCGCCGCGCCUCCGCGCGCCGUCUCCUGGCAGGCCUCCACUUGGCUGCUGCUCAAGAACCUCACUGCUCAGAUUGACGGGUCCACCCUGAAGACGCUCUGCGUCCAGCAUGGCCCGCUCCAGAACUUCCACCUGUACUUGAACCAGGGUCUCGCCCUCGCCCGCUACUCGACGCGCGAGGAGGCUGCUAAGGCCCAGAUGGCCCUGAACAACUGCGUGCUGAGCAACACGACCAUCUUCGCGGAGUCGCCGGCCGAGUCUGAGGUGCAGAUGAUCCUGCAGCACCUGGGCUCGGGCGGCGGCGGCGCGUGGCGCGGCGGGCAGAAGGACGGCUGGGGCGGGUUCGCGGCGCUGUGGCCCGACUCGCACGACCAGCGCGCGACGCCGUCGUCGCUCAACUCGUUCCUGCCUCCCGACCUGCUCGGCGGAGAGUCCAUCUAAGGCGCUGUCCACAUCUGUACAGAUGCAUUUGUCCGUGUCGAUCGGGUUUCGCUCCUAACUUCGUUUCGGUCGCGGUCGCUCGGAAAUGUCGCCUCGGUCAUUCCUGAGGUGCAAAUUUUUUAUGGUUAGCGUAAAAUCUUCGAUUUGGAUAGUAUAAAUAGUAUUUAUCGAUCGGCCGGCAUGUCGCUCGAUCGUCGACGACGCGAGUUUAGGAUCGAAGCCUUAGGUGUCUAGUUGUAAUUACGCUUUACCGUCCCCCGUACGGGGAUCGACUAAUUUUAUUCGCCUAGUCAGAUGAUGUCGAACGCGUCACGUGGCGUCGGGUACGCGGCGCGACGCGGUCGCGGUAGCCAACUGUCCACAUACUAUAUUAUCUUACUGUGUUUUAAGUGUUCAUGUAGAAUAUUUAGUGUAUAUAAGAAUUAUACAUAUACAAUGGCAAAUGAAACUGUAUCGAGGUUAGAUAGGACGAGUCCGGUCGCGGCGGGCGCGGGCCGCAGCCGCGGUCAGACCGCGCGGCCCGCUCCUGCAAAUCUACCAAAUAACCGUAGGUAUCAGAUAGCGUAGUGCGUCGCGGGCUACCUCAGUCACACGUCCCGUGGCCUUAUUUUAUAGCGUAUAUUUAUUUUGUUGUGCUCGAGGGCUGUUGCUGUUUCGCCCGUCGAGCUGUUGCGUUCCGAGUUUCUUUCGUGUUCGUUUUUAUUUUCUCGUUUUAUCUGUACUUGUCGUAUUUUAAUUAUUUAUUUCUGUUUUGAAUUCUCACUCGCAUAGAGCCCUCGUUUUCCAGUAGUGAUAUUUUAUUCAGCAAUAAACGUGUAAGUGCAUUUCGCCCACUAACAAAACUUUUACGAUUAGUUGUAAUUUUUAUAAAGGUAACAAAAUUUGAAAUUAUGAGAUUUGAAGUGCAUUCUUGUAGCGGUAAUUCCUUUUAAGCCGUAUAGUCUGAUGCAAACGAGUAUAGUUAUAUGCUAGGAGCUCGCGGCCGCUCGGGCGGCGACGCAAGUACAAGUGGGGCGCGCUCCCUUGCAAUCCAGUAAUCCUGUGAUGUAAAGUAUCUUGCCUAAUGUAAGGAUAAUCUAUUUUGUUGGAGAGUAUCAUAGUAGCGCGAGUCGCCGGCGGUCGGCCUCCGCCGAAGCUGACGUUUCCCCAAAUUUUUUCCAGUAUUUGUGAUUGAAGUGCCACUUUAUGUUUAAUAUAAUGAGACGAUUAUCUAGAUUAUACGAUUAACGUAAGGGUAACCUAAUAUAAUAAAUUGAAAAUUGUUUUAUCAUUUUAUAUUACACAUACAUUUGUGAGAAAUGUUAUUAAAGUACUAUAAUUGAACAGUAAUUAAAUAUUACACUUUUGUGUAUAGGUAAGAAUAAAGUUCUAACUUAAAUUUAGCCAUAUCAAUAUCUAUUUAAAUAAAAGAUUUGUGGUAUUUUCUAUAGGCUCAAUUUGAACGUUAUUCAAAGUGACAUAUGCUUUAGAUAUUCUGUUAAUAAUAUACUUGUAGUCGUAGGUUUGUCGGUAUUACAUAACUGUAGGUGUAAGUUUACAUUUUAAGUCCUAUCGUAGAGUUCAAUAAGCAUACAACUGAUAUUUAACGGCAACGAUUGCACGUGUAAGUUAAAGUUCGUUAUCAUAAAGUUUAUUUACACUUUUAUUUACUUUUUAAUUUAUUGAUGGUGUGCCACAGAGAUACUCUGCCAAAAUAUAAAAUUACCAAUAAUUAGGGGAUCAGCGUAGCAGAGCGCUAGGGCUCGGGUCGCGGCCGGCCCAGCGCUCGCUACCGCGCCGGCCCGCGCCGCGCCGCCCACUAUAAUAAUGUAAAUUGUAUCUGUAUUUCGAACAUCUUCCAGUGUUUUUAUGAUAAAACGAUUUUAGCCUUAAGUUAGUUUUAAGCGAUUCGCUGUACCUUGUCGAGCCUCUGGUUCGCGUACUCUUCACAAAUUAAUUAAGUUAGGUGAACGCGAUUUUGGACGUGUAAGUGCGUUUGAACUCUGUUCGCUUCGGACCUGUAGUAGUCUAGAGUUAAAUGUUUCGAUGUGUGAUGUGUUCAUUUAGAAACAAUAUUAGCAUUUGUCAUUACUACCGUAUUAUCUUACUAUAGGGACCGACGGCAGUUUUGCGUUUUCAUCAUUGCAUAUUCUUCGUUGCCUUUCGCGAUUUGUAUCAGAUACAGAUUAAUUUGAAAGCGGAGCUCCGGUCCGUGCGGACGGACGGGGUAGCGGCCGCCGCGCGUCUCCGAAGGCACGGCUAUGCUAUGCAGCCCAACUGUUUGAUUCGCCUUCCAAGGGGCCAUAAUCGAGAUUGUCACGGAGUUUAAUGUUAGGUGCCAAAGAGUGAUUAUCAAAGAUGUCCGGAACAACUGAUUGCAUUUCUCUGCUUGAUAAAGAUUCUUCCAAAAUUUGAAAUUAUAUUCGCGGUACGGGUUAAUGAUCUGAUGUUCCUAUAACAUUUCGUGUUACGUCUAUUCAACAAUAGUGCACGUAUAAAACAGACAAAUGUCAAUUCUAUGUAUUGUUAAAGCUCAAUUUAAGUGAUGAGGGUGUUUCUUUUACCGAUUGAUAGAAUAAAUAAAGAGUAUAGGUAUUAUUUUUAACUGAUAUUGUUCUGUCCAAUUCUACACCAAUAUUCGAUAACGCCUAAAUCUCAGUUGUCUACUCUGGUGCAAAUUUAAAUUUUAAUGAUACAGCAAUAAAUGUCAUAUUUAAUUUUUUAUAAACUUUUUUCCAUUUUAAGGUUAGACAAGCCGAUCAAACGGAGAGUAUAAUAAACCAGUGCCCUUUAGAAUACGUCAUCCAUAGAUAAGACGAAAGAAGUUUAUGCCUUGAAAUUUUUUAGUCAGUUAAAGUUAUCAGUACUUAAUAAUGGAUAUACAUAUUGUAAAGUGGACGUAUUUUAAAUGUGUAGACGUGUCGGUAGCAGUAUAUAGUGGUGUUAGAGGUGUAUCGGUAGAGGUGUAUCGCAAGGUUGUGAGUAGCGGCAUCGCGCCGCGCUAACUGAAUCUCCUCUCGGUUCAAUGACUGCAUCAUUAUUUCCUGCACACAAUUAUUGCGCCAUGUGCAAUUUAGUCUGUGUUAUUAUUAUGUUGUUGUGUAUUUAUAUGAUACAUCUAUACUGUAAUAUGUAUAUAUUGUGGAAUUUUAUUCGUAAAAAUUUAAUACGCUUCACGCUUCUCUUUUAAUAACAUUUUUCGUGAUUUGUUUCUGUUAUUUAGAAUAAAUUUACGUACCUACAAGUAAUUAUAAUAACGAUCAUAGAUGUAAAUAUAAGUAAAAUAAUGAAAAAAUAAAAAACUUAAAAAAAAAGAAAAAAAAUAUAAAGAAAAGCAAUUAAAAGAAACCAAUGAUUGUGCCUCAAUGAACUGUGGUACGUUACCGUAACAGAUGGCAGGUGUAAUCGUUUCCUUCAAAAAUGUAUUAUAAUGAAUUGUGCGCCUAGGCACCGCUCUGUGACUAGCUGUAGACAAUAUAAGGCUGCGAGCAGCGGGGCCCGCCCACGCCUUGUGUAAUCAUUAAUGAGCUUAGCUAUGUUUUACUUUUAUUAUAAUAAGUGUUAUUUCAUCAAUCAACAUUUUAUAUAUAUACCUACGUAUAUGUAAAUAUUUUUAUCUAUUUAUUUUUUGGUUUUCAUGAAGUUUACCCGAAUUUAACGCGUAACCUUAAAAUUGUUGGUUAUUUUGGAGUGAGAUCGCGCGGUGUCGCGUGUUUCUAACGAUCGCAUCUAUUCCAUAACACUUGAAUGCCAAAGUCGAUGUCUGUAAGCCAUUGGACGACCGCUUGUGUUUUUUACAUAAAUUGCGUGGAUCUCUGACAUCACAACAAACUAUUGAUCGUACAAAUAGGAGCCAUUAAUACUGACAGCCGACACUUAGGUCGCUGUCGCCUAUCCAAGCUGCUCUGGUGUUUUAGCUCAACUAUUCAAGUAGUUUGCUCAUAUUGUUAUUAAUUUUAAUUUUUUAUUAUCUUAAUUAUUAAACUUCCCUUAGUGCGGAAUAAAAUUCUAAAGUUAUUUUGUAAUCUCCAAAUUAGCUUUUAAUGUAACUGGACCAUAGCUGAUAACUGCAGUGUGUAUGGCGUAGGACUCAUGCCGCCUAAACUGCGCGUAAUGCGUUUGUAAUUUAUUUUAUAGCUUUCCUUCGCUUGUCACUCUACCGUCCCUGUGGCCUCGUUGAGUCUAAGUAUAAUAUUAAAUCGGUAGCUUUAUUAGUUUAGCAUCAAAUCAAACUCGUAUUUGUAAAGAUACGUAUAUCAGUUAGUACGUUUAACCGGCCCUUUAGUAGCUAACGCUUAGGAAGGCAAUAAA